AUGUACGUGUCGGUUAAUAUUGCAGCCUUUGGGAAUGAAAGAGAUGGGCUUUCUGAGGACAAUCAGCAGCCGAGCCUGAUCUGGAGCUAUCUUGGGAGAAGUGCUCUCAUUUCCCAGAUCGACAGCAGCUUGUCUGCCAGUCACGUUGGAAACCCAGUUUUUACCGAGUAUCAAGCCUGCGUGUUUGGAAAUGUCAGACUGAUGGUACACGACUGUCCUGUUUGGGAUAUAUUUGACAGUGACUGGUACACCUCUUGCAGUCUCAUUGGAGGAGCUGAUAUUAUUGUGAUUAAAUACUCUGUCAAUGACAAGGCCUCAUUUCAAGAACUAAAGGACAGUUAUGCCCCAAUGAUAAAAAAAGCAUUAAACCACCGUUCAGUUCCAGUAAUAAUUUCUGCUAUUGGUGCAAGAAAAAACGGAGUGCCUUGCACCUGCCCCCUGUGCACAUCGGACAGGAGAAGCUGUGUCACCACCUCUGAGGGAGUGCAGCUGGCCAAGGAACUAGGAGCUACUUACCUUGAAUUGCACACUCUUAAUGACUUCUACAUACAGAAGUACUUUGGAGGAGUGCUGGAAUAUUUUAUGAUCCAAAGUUUGAAUCAGAAGUCAUCUGAAAAAAUGAAGAAAAGGAAAAAGACACAGAAGUGUCAUCGAGUUCAACCACCUCAGCUUGAACAGCCAGAAAAAAUGCCGAUCUUAAAGGGCGAAGCCUCGCACUACGAUGCGGACCUGCACAACCUGCUCUGUUGCUGCCAGUGUGCGGAUGUGGCAUUUUACCCUGAAGACCUUAGCACAGUGGUAGAGGCUCACAAGAUCAUCCUCUGCUCUGUCAGCCACCUCUUCAUGCUGCUUUUCGAGGUGAAGAGCCCUGCUGACAUCCACGAUGCCUCCAUCGUGCGGACAGCUCAGAGCCUCUUUGCAGUGGAGGUGGGGGCUGCCUUGCCCCUUGUCUCCCGCGGUGUCCCACCCUGCGUCCCACCGGUGAGGGUGGUGGUGAAGGACUCCAUCUUCUGCUCUUGUCUGCCAGUCAUCCUCCACUUCAUUUAUUCAGGUACCCUAGGGAACCGGUCCGGCUACUCAUUUCUCGUACAGCUGAUGUCUCAUGAAGGAGUACGUACAUCACCCUAA